UUCGCUUAUGCCAGCCUUGUAUUCGACGUGGCAGACCUUAUUGACGCAUACACAGCCGUCUUCACGAAUCGCAGCAUUGUUUUUGACGCAAAGUGAUCGUUAUAAAUUCAACUAGUAUACUCUUCGUGAGCUAGGGGCAUCCAGAGGAUAGGAUAUACCGGUAUAUCCAGCCCAUCCUGUUGUCUACAGUUUCGCAAGCAAAGUGCGAUGCCGUCACCAUCCCGUGAGUCAGCGUCCGAUAUUGUGAUUUCGGGGUUCGAUCACGAUGGCGGUACAACUUUUCGCCGGUCUAAAUUCAAGACACUCCUUCCCCGGCUUAUUAAUCGGACGAUGAAGGGUUUCAUGAAAAUUUGCAAAUCACGAAAUAUUUCUGGAGUUUGUAGCAGUUUGUGGGUGCCAGCAAUCCAGUUGGUACUGCGCCCAUUUCGCGGUCCGCUGACCAUUAACGCAUUCGAUAUCAAACUGUCAAUAAUGUUUUCUCUAUGCACCGUGUUUUAUGCUGGUCUCGCAGGUUUUCUUUACAGAAACAGAUCCCCUUCCAAAUCAGAAGACGAUGCAGCAAUCAUUUGUUCGAGUGUUUUUGCAAUUUUGUUUUUCUUUGUGCAUGUAUCUCGGGUCUGGUUCACUUCACGAUGUUAUCCCUCGUACUAUAAAAUUAGACUUUUCCUCCAACACAUAGUGACAAUUUCGCCCAUAGAAUGUCGGCAGCAUAUUGAGCGCGUCCGAUCAGGGCGCCCCUGGCUGGGAUGGCAGAUCGAGUGUGGUUAUGACGCUCAAAGCGGUGAUGCACCAAUGGCGAAGGUGGUGACUAGCACCUUUCACGAGGAGUUUCAGUUUUCGUCCUGUGAGGAUGUUCGUGACCCAGUGGAACUGGCCGGUCUCGAACAAGACAAACUGACAUGGAUUGACUUUUCUACAGAAUUCGUGCUGGCCGACGCCCACACCGAGAAAGCCUUCAAAGAAAAACAGGAGCAGUUUGUGGAAGCUCAUCGCCGUCGUGAAAGGCAGUAUGAACUGAAAACAAUUUUGUCACUUCCUGAAUUCAGGAAAAUCGUGGUAGUUUCGCCUUCGCGCAAAAGGCCGUUGUUGUUCCACUGGUGGUGCUAUGUCGUGGCAACUUGGCUCAUGCUGGAUCUGCCGUACCUCUAUUUGCUCAAUAUGUGCUGGUCACGGAUCGUUGCAUUUAAGUAUGUUAAACGCUUUCAAAUCUGACACCGUACGUCGUGAGCAAGGCUGUCUUUUGCAUAAAUUUGAAUUUUCCCUUUUAUCGCGGAUUAUGAUCGUGAAUUUGUGUGUCGGACCGCAAUGCCGAAAUCAGUUUGUUCUGUUCAUAAUAUUUCUACUUCAUGUUUUUGCAAGCCGAAGUGAGUCAGGCACCAUUUUGCACUAAAAGAGCGGCUUGGUGAGCAGUUACGCUUUCCCUUCAAUUAA